GCUACCCUUGCCGAUCUUUCGGCCCCUCCGAAGCCUCCGGUUAAUAAAACUCCUGGUAUAAGUGGACAUGCUGCUGCAGACCUCUCGUCAAUACGACCUCUCUGCUGCAGGAGACAGCAAAUCUGGCAACCUUCUUGUGCGUUUGACACAGUGCAUGACAGACAGCACUCUCCCUCGGACUCUUCUUACACCAUGUCUUGGCUCUCUUUCCUUUCCGAGUGGCCAAAUGGCCUGACAACGACGACGACGCUCCUCGGUGCCGUCGCCGUUUACCUCGUUGCCACCAUUAUCCACUCAGCAACGCUCCACCAGCUCGCUCGCUUCCCCGGCCCCUUCUCCUGUGCCGUGAGCCGCAUCCCCUUUUGGGUCGCCUGCAUCACGGGGAAGCAGGUGCGGUGGAUGCACGAGCUCCACGUCCAAUAUGGUCCCAUCGUGCGCUACAGCCCCGACGACUUGAGCUUCGUCGACGACGGCGGCUCCGUCUGGAAGGCCCUGCACAAUCGUCACGAGAAAGGGGGAAAGGAGUUCGCCAAGGCCAAGGAGUGGUUUGUUACCCCUGCCAACGGCAUCUACGGCAUCAACAGCGCCGCCGCCCAUGAGGACCAUCGGCGAUACCGCGCCCUCUUCGCCCCGGCCUUCUCUGAACGGGCCCUGAAAGGCCAAGAGCCCGUGUUCCGGGACCAUGUCGACCUGCUGCUCUCCAAGCUGGGCGAGGCCGGCGAGGCGGGCAAGCCCAUCGACAUGGCCAAGCUCUUCCAGCUCACCACGUUCGACAUCAUGGGCGAGCUGACCUUUGGCCAGUCGCUCGGCCAGCUCCAGGCGACCACCUACUCAAAAUGGGUCCAGGCCGUCUUCGACUCCAUCCGGGCCAUUCCGAUCGCCCAGCUGAUCCAGUACUACCCCUUGUUCCAGGCCCUCUUCGACCUAGUGGAGCCCAAGGCCGUCCGCGACAUGAAGUACAACCACUUCCGGUUCUCGGCCGACCGCGUCGACAAGCGCCUGGAGCGCGGCUCGGACAAGCCCGACAUCUGGAACCUGGUGCUGUCGGCCCAGGGCGACAAGAAGCUGAGCCUCGACGAGAUGUACUGCCACGCCGACGUCUUCAUGCUGGCCGGCAGCGAGACCACGGGCACCUCCAUGUCGGGCCUGACCUACUUCCUCCUGACCAACCCGGACAAGCUGGCCCUGCUGACCCAGGAGAUCCGCGGCCGGUUCCGUAACGAGGACGAGAUCACCAUGGAAAGCACCGCCCCGCUGAAGUAUCUGAAUGCCUGCAUCCACGAAGCCCUGCGCAUGUACCCGCCCGUACCCGUGGGCGUGCCGCGCGUGGUCGCCGCCGCCGGCAAGACGGUGCUCGGCCGCUUCAUCCCGCCCGAGACCCGCGUAUCGGUGCACCACUACGCGACCUACCGCAGCGCAGACAACUUUGCCGAGCCGGACUCUUUCGCGCCCGAGCGCUGGCUCAGCAAUGAAAAGGGGGAGGGGGGCAAGUACGCGGGGGAUCGGCGCGAGGCGGUGCAGGCGUUUGGGUACGGGCCGAGGGACUGUUUGGGGCAGAACAUGGCGUGGCAUGAGAUGCGGCUGGUGUUGGCGAGGUUGUUUUUUAGGUUUGAUCUGGAGGUUUGUGAGGAGAGUGUGGGGUGGGUGGAGCAGCGGGCGUUUAUUCUGUGGGAGAAGAAGCCGCUGUUUGUGAGGCUGAAGCCGGCGGUGGUGUAAAUCAGGUUUGGGUGGGUGGUGUAAUCUGUAAGGUUUCGGGGUUGGUGGGUGGAUGGGUGGAGGGAGGGGGUUUGAUUGUGCGGCAAAAGUACGGUAGGUAUGGUCGUAGGGUUGGGUGUUGGUUUCAUAGAAUGGGUUGUGUCAUGAUGAAAGGGAUGGAUAGGGUAGCUCUAGAUUGUAGCCCGCGCUCUGUAUUCGUUUCUAUCGACUUAUUAUAUUCUA